CGCCCCCUCUCCUCUACCACCCUGCCCCCCUCCCGGUACUAUGGCGUCCAGCGAGGAGGACGGUGCGGUUGAGGAGAAGGAAAACAACAACAAGAAGAGAACGAAGAGCGCCCUCGCUACCGCAUGGCUGACCUUCUACAACAUCGCCAUGACCGCCGGGUGGCUGGUCUUGGCCUUGGCGAUGAUGCGCUUCUACAUCCACAAAGGCACACACAAGGGUCUGUACAGAAGCAUAGCGAGAACCCUCAAGUUCUUCCAGACCUUUGCGUUGGUUGAGGUGGGACACUGUGCUUUAGGGAUCGUGAGGACUUCUGUGAUUGUCACCGGGGUGCAGGUGUGUUCGCGCAUCUUCAUGGUUUGGUUCAUCACCAACAGCAUCAGACAGAUCCAGAAUGAAGAAAGCGUAAUCCUAUUCCUGGUUGUGUGGACGGUGACGGAGAUCACCAGAUAUUCCUACUACACAUUCAACCUGCUGCACCACCUGCCGUACUUCGUCAAAUGGGCCAGGUACAACUUCUUCAUCGUCUUGUACCCCUUGGGAGUAGCCGGAGAACUGCUGACCAUCUACGGCGCCCUGCCGUUCGUCCGCAGAUCUGGAAUGUACUCCAUGAGGCUCCCCAACAAGUACAACGUGUCCUUCGACUACUACUACUGCCUCAUCGUCGUCAUGUUGUCCUACAUCCCACUGUUUCCUCAGCUCUUCUUCCACAUGCUCCGGCAGAGGAGGAGGGUGCUUCACGGCGAGGUCAUAGUGGAAAAGGACGACUAGGCGGCCCGAUGCCUCCACCGCUCACCUGCCCCCCGCUCCAGCUCCACCUCGCACCUUCAGCACCACCCACCCGGUAGCGGUCUGACCCGAGGCAGAUCCCCCAAGUCUUCACGGGAUCAUCUCAAUGGUGAUAUUAGAAAACAUGUUUACAGUCCCAGUGUUAGACCGAGGGAGCAGGGGAGGAAGAUUGAAGGUUGCGUCUCCUCCCGUCCCCGCUGUCGACCCAAUUGGCGCUUUUAUUCGUUUUUUUUUCUUUUCAUUUUUUUUAAAAAGAGGUUUUAUACAGAAGUAGCGUGGCUGUAAAAGAAAAACAAGGUUGAAAAAGAGAAAGUUUAAUCAUACCUCAACAAUAAAUCUACAUCUAGACAAUA